AUGAGCUGCAGGUCCAUGGCCAAGAUGAGGGGAAUCCUGAUCUUGGGGUUCCUGUUGGUUAUCCCCAGCUGCUUUGCCUACCAUGAGGACCUGGGCAAGUGCUUCCAGGACCCUGAAUAUGAGUCCCUCCCUGUCACAGCCCAGGAGGGCCUCCACACCUCCCCACUGGCAAAAAGCGUGGUGGUAGUGGGGGCUGGCAUGUCAGGCUUGGUGGCGGCCAAGACCCUACAGGACACUGGCCAGCAGGUUUCCGUCCUGGAAGCCAGUGGCCACGUCGGGGGUCGAGUGGUCACAAUCAGGAAUGAGGAGGAGGGCUGGUACUGUGAACUGGGGCCCAUGUGAAUCCCAAAGUCCCACAGGCUGGUCCACGCUGAUGUCAAGAAGCUGGGCCUGAAGCUGAACAGGUUUAUCCAAUGUGAUGGCAACACCUGAUACCUCAUCAACAGACAGCGCUAUCAUGCCAGGGAGGUUAAGGCCAACCCAGAGCUCCUGGGCUAUUCUAUGAACCCCAUGGAGAAGGGCAAGAGAACUGAGAAUCUGUUCCAACAGUCCACGGUCAAGGUCUCACACAAAAUCUGGAAAAUUUCAACUGCAGCCCCCCCGAUGUCCUUGUAUGAUUCUUACUCCACCAAGGCUUACCUGCCGAAAGAAGGGAUGCUGAGCCCAGGAGCAGUAAAGAUGAUCAGGGAUUUGAUGCACGAGGACGUUGAAUUCUAUAAGUCAUUCCCAGAGGCCCUGCGAUCUGACAGCACCGUCUCCAAGAGUGACGAGGAAGACUGCUUUACCGAAGUCACAGGUGGCUUCCACCAGCUUCCCAAAGCCAUCGGCGCCAGCUUGAAGCCCAGUACCAAUUAUCUGGGCUCCAAGGUGGAGAUGGUGGUGAGGGAUAGGCCCGAGGUCCAGAUUUCCUACCGGCUGGGCGAGUCCAACUCAGCACUGCACAACCUCACCGCGGAUUUUGUCAUCACCUCCACUUCAGCCAAGGCCACAGGCCUCAUCACCUUCACACCACCAGUCUCCCUAGACAAGGUGGACGCGCUCCGCUUGGUGCAUUACACCACCGCUACCAAGGUAGUUCUGGCUUGCAAUGAGCCCUUGUGAGAGCGGGAUGGCAUUCGGGGCGGGGUCUCCAUCACCGACCGGCCCUUGCACUACAUCUACUACCCCAGUCACAGCCUUCCCAGCGGCAAGGGUGUCCUGCUGGCCUCCUACACUGUGGAUGACGAUUCCCUCUUCUUCAUAUCUCUGAAGCAUGACCAGGUGGUGGAUAUCGUCCUGGAGGACCUGGCGGCUGUGCACCAGGCACCCAAGGAGGAGCUGCAGCGCAUGUGCCCCUCCUCUGCGCUCAGGCAGCGGUCUCUGGAUCCCUUCGUCAUGGGUGCCUUCGCUGAGUUCACACCCUACCAAUGUGAGGACUGUCUGCAGCAGCUCUUCCAGCCAGAGGGCUGCAUCCACCUUGCUGGCGAGCACACCUGCCUGCCCCACACGUGGAUAGACACUGCCAUCAAGUCCGGCCUCCGCGCAGCGAGGAACAUCCAGGCUGCUGUGGAUGAGGAAGCCAGAGGGGAGAGAAGACCUUCGCCAACACGCAGAAACGUUUCUAACCCGGAGAGAAAGCCCUGA